GUAGAUUUUUCUGGCAUUAAAGAACGGACUUUGGUAGCAGUGAAGCCCGAUGGCGUUCAGAGACGGCUGAUUGGUGAGGUCAUCAAGCGCUUUGAGCAGCGAGGAUUCCGAUUGGUGGGUCUGAAGAUGCUGCAGGCUUCUGACAAGCUUUUAGCUCAGCAUUACGUCUCGCUGCAGAGGAAACCCUUUUACUCCAGCCUGCUUUACUACAUGACCUCUGGCCCCAUAGUUGCCAUGGUGUGGGAGGGGCAUAAUGUAGUGAGGUCAUCACGUAUGCUGGUGGGAAGCACAGACCCUGCUGAAGCCGCACCGGGAACUAUUAGAGGAGAUUUCAGUGUUCACAUCAGCAGAAAUGUCGUCCAUGCGUCUGAUUCUGUGGAGGGAGCAGAGCGGGAGAUUUCACUGUGGUUUCAUCGCUCAGAGCUCAUCGACUGGGAGGGAUGCGAUCAUAAAAACAUUUACCACAUAUGAGUUUCGGUUUAUGAUGUCUAUAUGUGUUCAAUUAACUCUGAUCACUCUCAGCGGGGUUGAUUUCAGCUCAAUUUCCUUAAUAGCACAUAAAAUGCUGAUUACUGUUUAUCCAGUUUUGGACUGCAAAUGAUAUGUUAUUAUGUUAAAAUAAUCCAAUGUAAAUAGAUUGAAAUGUUAUAUUUUAUAUUAUAAAUAUUAAAAAACUUUUGGAGAAAAUACAUAUACAAAAGGUGGCCUUGAAUAUUUUCAAAUAGACUUUUAAUUUUAAUAAGUCUUAACAGUUCCUAAUUGUUUUAAAAAGCAAUUUUUGUUCUAUUUUAACUGAACCUAAGCAUUGAUCACAUACAGUACAUGCACAUUGCUGAUCAAUAUAAUAAACCUCUGUAACCAAUGUGCUUUAAUGCCUUUUUUCAAUAAAAAAAAAACAAAAAACGUGCAUUUUAGCAGAUGCUUGUCAUCCAAACCCAGUCCCUUCACUCAGGGGAAAAUGCAUUAAAAGUGCAUUAAAUAAUUAUUUAUAAACUGUUAAUUUAAUGUGACAAAGGUACAUCAAAUAAAUACUUGCUGUAACAAAA